AUGGCAGCGGGGCUGGUUCUUUCAGCACUUUCCCGGAUCGCCUACACUGUGGGAAGGAAACUGGUGUCCGAGCUCACAGUACGUGAUCCAGAAAGUGGGGAGUCACACCGGAGUCGAGAUUGUGUGUGAGAUAUGUGAUUUGCAGUUGGUGGCAGGGGGCCAAACACGCCAUCAUCUCCCUCUUCACCUCUCGCCGGCGGUUGAGCCCAACCUUCCGUUAGCCUCAAGGUAGAUUCUCCACUUCCUCUUUCUCCUCUGCUCGGAUACCCACUAGAGCAGUCUGCGGACAAUGGAGUCCCUGGCGUUGGCGGCCUCCCUCUCCCUAUUUCCUCUUAAACGGGGUGGAAACUACUUGGCCAAAAUAUUUAUGAAGCCCGGCAAUGGCCUUCGACCCGGCUUUAUGGUAAACUCAGGACCUUCAAGAGGAAGCUUUUGCAUUCUGAGUUCUACAACAAAAGAAGGCUUUGGAGGCUUUGGAGGGAGAAGACAGGUAUCUGAAGGAGAAACAAGCACAAGUUCGUUUACUUGGCCAAAAAAACAGAGCCCACGAAUAUGUAUACUAGGUGGAGGAUUUGGAGGACUCUACACUGCUCUGAGACUGGAAUCUUUGGAAUGGCCACCUGAGAAAAAGCCGCAGGUGCUUCUUGUAGAUCAAUCCGAACGUUUUGUCUUCAAACCAAUGUUGUAUGAACUUUUGACAGGAGAAGUUGAUGAAUGGGAAAUAGCACCCCGUUUCUCAGAAUUGCUAUCUGGCACCAGUAUACAGUUUUUUCAAGAUAGAGUGAAAGAAGUAUUCCCCUGUGAUAGUUAUAGAAAUAGUGGACCAACUCAACUACUCAGUGGUGGAAAAGUGCAUCUUGAAAGUGGAAUUGAGGUUGAGUACGACUGGUUGGUUCUAGCUUUGGGAGCUCAAACUAAACUGGAUCUUGUACCUGGUGCAUCUGAGUUUGCACUACCUUUUUCAACAUUGGAAGAUGCACAAAGAGUGGAGCAAAAACUACGAAUGCUGGAAAGAGGGAGAUUUUGUAAAGAUCCUUCUUUGAUACAAGUGGCUGUUGUUGGGUGUGGGUACUCUGGAGUUGAGUUGGCUGCAACAAUUUCUGAAAGGUUGCAGGAAAGAGGAAGAGUCAAAGCAAUCAAUGUUGGGACAACCAUCUGUCCAUCUGCUCCCUCAGGGAAUCGUGAAGCUGCUUUGAAGGUUCUUUCGUCCAGGAAUGUUGAGCUGUUUUUAGGGUACUACGUUAGCUGCAUAAAAAAGAUUGACAAAAUUGAAAAUUCUCAUGAUAGUGAAGUAGGUGAUGUAAACAACCAGCGUGAGGCAUUCAAGAAGUUUAUUCUGGAACUGCUACCUGCUGAAAGAAGCUUGCAGAGUCAAAGCUUGGAAGUAGAUCUGGUACUUUGGACAGUGGGUUCUAGGCCAUUACUUCCUUUGGUUGGUCCUAACAAUAGUGGCCUGUUUCCUGCAAAUUCUGGUGGGCAAGCAGAAAUUGAUGAUACCUUGAGAGUGAAGGGUCAUCCACGUAUAUUUGCCAUUGGUGAUUCUGCUGGCUUCAGGGACUCCUCUGGGAGGCGUGUUCCAGCUACCGCUCAGGUCGCAAUUCAGCAGGCUGAUUUUGCUGGCUGGAAUCUUUGGGCUGCAAUUAAUGAGCGGCCUUUGUUGCCGUUCAGGCUUCAGAAUUUGGGGGAGAUGAUGACUCUUGGAAAGUAUGAUGCGGCAAUAUCACCAAGUUUUGUAGAUGGCCUUACUUUAGAGGGUAACCUGGGACAUACUGCUAGAAAGGUGGCGUACUUGAUGAGAUUGCCGACGGACCAGCAUCGGCUUAAGGUGGGAUUCAGUUGGAUUACCAAAUCCGCUAUAGAUUCUAUUGCAUCACUUCAAAGUACCUUAGCAAAUGUACUUUCAUGACACAUCAAUAAAAUAAUGACUCCGUUCAAUUUAA